GGAGUGGUUACUCUGUAUUCAUUCCGCUGUAGGGCAACGUAAAAUGUGGAGUUUUCCUUUUCCAGUGUUGGCCUUAAUUAGUUAUGUCACGUCAAUGGGCCUGCCUGAAUACAUAAAUUCAUGCUCAAGAAACGACCCUGAAGUGAACGAAUGUGCUCUCAAAUCUGCAAGAGAAUCAAUCCACCAGUUCUCUUUGGGGGACCCAAGUAGAGGCCUGCCAUCUUUAGACCCGGUGUAUGUUGAAGAGAUGAUAGUAUACAUUCCUAAUGAAAAUGGGCUGAAAUUAGUAUUCAAAAAUAAUUAUUUCCACGGUCUUGCUGGGAUGCAGCUGGAGAAUUUGAAAUUUGAUUUCGACAAGAAAAUAAUAACAACGGAAGCUCUAGUCAAUUUGGACGUAAUAAACAAGUACGAACUCUCAGGCAAGCUUAUGGUAGUUCCAAUCAAAUCCAAUGGGGAUUCUUCUAUAAAACUGAAAAAUACCGAUCUCCGUGUCAAAAUGUGGUACGAACACGUAACGAGGGAGGACGGCAAAAUACACUGGAAUAUCACAAAACACGACAUCAAGUACGAGGUGGAGCGAGCCGUCUUCAGAUUGGAGAACCUACUUGGAGAUAAGCAAAUUGGUGACCAAAUCAACAAUCUCCUGAACGAGGUGUGGCGUGACAUAGUGGCUGAUGUGGGCCCAUACAUCUGCAACGCGCUCAGCUCGGCCGUAGUGAAGAACUUGGGAGUGUUCCUCGACCAAGUGCCUUUCGACGAACUGUUCCCGGAAUAAUUCAAUACAGGGUGUAAGGAACAUGUUGGCGUGUGAUUUAUUGAACUAGAUUGCAAAGCGAGUGUUGGCUUUAUAAUUUGUACUUUUGCUAUGUACACGAAUGUUGUGAUUGUUUUCUUUUUUUAUUCGUUAGUCUACGGAUACAGUCAUAAUAAUCUUAUUACAUUUGCUAUUUUUAAACAAAAAUGUUAAGGUAGCAUUAUUGUUAGCGCUGGCGACACGAAAAAUAACAAUCAUGAUAAUUUGUUUUACACUCAGAAACAUAAUCUGUAUAUUGUAAAAUUGUGUGCCGACGUGUUCCUUACACCGUGUAAGUAGAAAGAAAUGUUUAGUAAGAAAUAGUAAUGUAACUUACUUUUAGUUAGUAAAAAAUACAUAAUAUUCUUCUACGCGUCAAUUUUCCGAUCCCGACAUAUACCUAAACACCUGACUACUUUAUGAUACGCGUUACGAUAGAAGUAACUUAUGACUAGUGACAUAUAAGAUAGAACCAUUAAAUAUCAAAUGAAUUUAAAAUUUAAAAACCUACAUAAUACUUGAAGCAGUCGGUUCCUCAAGUUUUAAAUUCUUUUGAGAUAACAGGAUAACACUUCAUUUCGAACGAAAAACCUUUUAGCCCAACAACAGUUUUUUCGCUAUCGAAAUGUUUUUCAGCCAAAAGAUGUUAUUAAAUGUCUUUGCAAAUA